GCAAAUUUGAAAAUGCAAAAGCGCAAGCGCGAGGACGACAGCGGCGGCGCGACAUUUGGGGGGUCCCGCUUCUCGUUCAACUUUAGCGGUGGAAGCGACAAGUCCACUUCAGAAACUGAGCUGGCCGCCACGGUCCUGAGCCAUCCCACAUCGGCGAGCAUCAAGCAACAGUGUGCUAUUGGUGAAUCCACGGUAUCGGCUGGCACUCUGGUCACCAUUGACUGGGCACGCAGCUCUUGGCUUCAGCUCUUUGUCCGUGUGGCUGGCGACGACACGAGAGGUAUUGAAGGUCAUGUGCAUGCUCAGUUUGUCUCUCUUCCCCUCCACGGCCAGCCCAACAAGCCGACAUUCACCUCGAAAGACACGACGUGGAGCUUUGACUCGGUUUUUGAUUCUGCCUUCGCCGGAUGCAAGUUGCCCCUCCACUUUUCGACAUCUCCAUUGGUCAUUGAGCCGAAUCUGCAGUCCUUGGUCUGGCCAUUGCACCUAUCCACAUUCCAACGCGAAGUAUACAACCAGAAAGCGCUCGUUGUGCACGGAUCGACCCACCGCCUUCAGACGUUGCAAGAAGACCUCCACGGCUUCAACGUGUCCGAGCUCAUUCAGAACGCAUCCAGGACGAUUGCCUGGCUCAAGCAGGCGUCGCCACCGCACCGCAUGCAGUACCUGGAUGUGUCGUCGCCAGACAUCGCCGCUGCCUGCUACGCCUCGGGCCAUUCACUUUACUUCAACCCGUCCCCAGAGGUUCAGGAGCGGUACAUCCGUGCCAUUUGCAGCGAUCUCGGGCUUAACUUUACGAGUGGGCUGCUUGACGGCGGCAUCGGCGGGGACAUCGAGCUCUUUGCGGUCCAGUCCAAGCACCACACGCCGUGGCAUUUUGACGCGCAGCACAACUUUACGGUCCAACUGGUCGGGACGAAAGAAUGGUCGUAUGCAAAAGGACCGCUGACCGACCCCAUGUCGAACCUGCACUUGUCGUCAUCCAACACGGCCUCCGUGGUCGACGACAUGUUGGCGCAUGCAAUGUCCGGGGCGACGGAUUUAAAGCCCCCUACGACCGAGAUUGAAACAGUGACGCUUCGGCCUGGGUCGGUGCUGUACUUGCCAGCGGGAUACUGGCACUCGGUCACUUCGUUCGACGAAGGCUCGUUAUCGAUGAAUUUUUCGAUUGACGGCGCACGGUGGAUGGACGUUGCUUGGAAUCGAUUGAUGCCGGCGCUUGCGGUGCAGCCAGCAUGGCGAGAACGCCCCAAUUUUUGUCAUGGGCCGGAAAAUGCACGAGCGCAGUGGAAAGCGCGGUUGACUGCGUUGGCAAAGACCGUUCAAGCGAUGGCGGAUGCUGUGGACGUAGUCCUACCUGACGCGCUUUUCCACGAACCGGACGGAGAAAGUGGGGGCGACGAAGCGGCUCCCUUGACGUUGGACGCCUCCGAUGGCACUGAGGUGAGUACAACGAGUUCACGGAGCAUGUAAAGACAUGCCCACGUAGACGAUCGCGCUUGAACCGUCGACUACUUUGACGCGGUCUCCUGCCCACGUGUCUCAACUGGUGACCCGAACCCCCCUCGAGUACACAAUCGCGAUGGGAGGAUUCCGAAGGUUUGCCGACGGGUGCAAAGCCGAGAGCCAAAAGCUGGUCCAGAUUCCUGAAGGCCUGCAAGACGUCGUCGAACACCUUCGCACGGAGCGUCCUGGUGCGUCAUGGGAUCUCGGGUCUCUCGAAGAGCGCGUAACGGACGCAUCCCUCCUUCCUCAGCUCCGCCGCUUCAUCGACAUCCUGCUCCAAUGCGGGUAUCUUCAAACGCUUCCAAAAUAUAGUGUAAAUUGCUAAUAGUGUGAGAGGUAAAUGUGAAUAAAAAUUGGUGAUUUUGCC